AUGGGUAUGUUGCACGUCAGACCAUAUGCUUACUCAAAGGUAGAGAAUGAAGACCCGGAAGAGACGAAGCACCGGCUGGCGCAGUUCUUGAUUUACAAGGCUAUGCAGAGAGCUGACGGUUGCAGGAGAAGGCCGUCGUGGUUGAGAGUCAAAAUGUUCAAGUUGAAGAUCAAGAUUGGUAAGAGGCUGAAGAAGCUGAGGAAGGGCAUCUCUUCAACUCUCUUUUCUGCUAAAGCUGAUCUCUGCAGCCAAAUUACUUGUGUGUUCAAAUCUUGCAAGUAUUUGUUGCAUGGGAAGCAGCAGCCGCAGGACCGCCCUAUAAUUAGCACUCUCCCACCAUUCUUCUGA